UUUUAUUCCUUUUUGAUUUGUUUGGCUCAUUAAAUAUCCACAUGUUCCUUACUGAAGAGUAUCAACUCCCUCCAACAGCAUUAUACACACUAAUCUCUAAUUUGGGCUUCAUUUUAAUAUCAUGUAAUUUUUAUAAAUGAUUAGUUCCCAGACCUUCACAUAAUCCUCUGUGGUGUGAACAGAACGACGUCAGUUUGACACCUUGAUGUUCUCUGCUGAAUGUUCAUUGAUCAUUUUAAUCUUCCCUGCAGGAGCUUAAAUGCAACAAAACUUUUGCAGUAGAACGAUUUUGGAGGUUGUGUCCUUUAAUAUGCAGAGUGACCGCAGAGAGUCUUUGUACUUUGUCAACAUAUUUAAAUAAACACCUACAUAUGAUGCUACUUAUAUUUUUAUUAUUAAGGAAAGGGUUCAGUCUUAAUGCUGUCUCUGGUAAAACUGGGUGGACUUUUAAUUUACCACACCUCCCUCUCAUCCUUCCUCUCCUCCUUCCUAGCUUCCUUUCCCCCUUGGCCGCACUGCUCCUCUGCUUGGCCGCCUCCAUGUAUCGGCCCACAGCAGCGCACUGAGUCGCUUCUAAUCCUCUUUUGAUGAACUUGGUUAAUAGACCUCCUGCAGCGGUCUUUGGCUCUGUUCAUUAGGCAGCACACGACCCUCUCCACGCCCCCGGAGCACGCACUGCGCGUCCCCGCGGCUCCCCUGUCCAUAAAUUCACCCAUCAAAGUGAGGAAAGUUGAAAGUGUGUUACUUUGUUGGAGUUCUCAGUGAACCGACCGUGUUUGGCACAAGUUUGUUCAGAGGAAGAAGAGCGAUGCCGCCUCGUAAAAGCCUCUUCGCGCCUUUCAUCUCAGUGGACCCGGAGGGAGGAGUCGCCCCUGCGGCCCCGGCGGCUCUCCACGCCGACAUCCACGCUCUUUUGCAGCGUAGCCGUGGUCAGGAGCGACCGGGGGCAGAGCGCACCAGGGGCAGCUGCGACCACCGAGAGCCUCCGUGCGCCAUCGUGGAGCUGCGGCUGGGCCCUGCCGGCGGAGCGCUGCACUACCUCCAGCCGGACAAGUGCGCUCUGGAGCGGGCGCAGAGACGGCGACGCCUCGCUGCCAACGCCCGGGAGAGGAGGAGGAUGCUGGGGCUCAACGUCGCCUUUGACCGGCUCCGGAGCGUCAUCCCCAACCUAGAGAGCGACAAGAAGCUCUCCAAAUCUGAGACUCUCCAGAUGGCGCAGAUUUACAUCGCCACCCUCAGCGAGCUGCUCCAGGAGGGCGCAUGCGGAGAAUCAGUCACCACCCGGGCACCGCGGCCCCCGGGGGCCUCUCCGCCUUCACAGGGGACCACACUGCUGGCAAGGGAGGCAUCCGGGCCAGUCAGGGACUUUCACACCGGGAAGAGCAGCGGAGGCCCGGUGCGCACAGAGGAGUUAUGAUGGGGACAUGAAGGAGAGAAGGAGCGGGACCAAGUGACAUUUAAAGACUCAAUGAAUGUUUAAAAAUGAGACUUUUCUCUACUUAUCUUUGUAAUUAUUUGUUUCCUGUUGUCCUACAGUGAAAAGGACAAAGCAACAUUUCUGUUUGUAUUUUAGAUAAAUGAGGCCUUGUGUCUAAAUCUGUAUUUGUACAUCUGUUAAAAUAUAUUUUUCUUGCCAGAAACACAAA